CAAAGUCAUUUUCAUUUAAUUUUUAUAUAUAUUUUUAACUUGACCAAGACCCUAACCUCACUGACUUAUAGCUAGCCACUGCCGAUCUGUUUUCCCCCUUUCUUGGUAGUCCUUGCUUCAGACAACCUUAACUAUACUCAUCUUCCUCCUUCAGCAGCAACGUAGCCGAUCAAUGACCCAUAUUUCUUUUAACCUGUUAGUCAAGUUCGACCACAAGCAACAUUUUACAGCUCUCUCAUAUUUAAAGAGAAUUUGCAGGUUCAAGAAUUUGAUCUUUUAGAAAAAAGCAGAGGAGAGGUAUGUCAACAUUUUCUGAAACAGUAAUUGAAAUUUGGAAUGAAUGGGAGAUCCGAGCACUGCUUUUACUCAGUCUAUUAUUACAAGUAAUACUCAUUGCAUUAGGAUCUCUACGAAAACGUUCAACAAGAAUAUGGAUCAGGUUUUUGGUUUGGUCGGCAUACAUGUCAGCAGACUUGGUAGCAACUGUUGCAUUAGGCAUUCUUGCCAGGAACAUAGGAGGUAAUCCUGGAAACAAGAAUUCGAAUCCAAGCGACUCGCUCCAGUUGUUUUGGACGCCAUUCCUCAUCCUGCACCUUGGGGGCCCUGACACCAUUACCGCUUACUCUUUAGAAGAUAAUGAGUUGUGGCCAAGGCAUUUUCUUGGCCUUUUAGUUCAGACGGGAAUUGCAUUUUAUGUGUUUGUGAAAUCUUGGGGUGACACUCGUCUUAAAUUAAUUGCCAUUCCAGUGUUCAUUGCAGGAAUUAUCAAGUAUGGAGAAAGGACUUGGGUGCUGAGGACGUCGAGCACUAAAUGUAUUAGGCAUCGCUUGCUCUCAGAUCCUGAUCCCGGACCUGAUUAUGCUGAAGUUAUGAGAAAGAAACAAUUAGAUGCCAACUUCAAACUGUCACCACGGAAGGUGUUUCCUCAAAGAUAUGAUGGAUCUCUAUUUGAUCAUCUCUCUCAAGCUUACUACCUAUUCAAUAGGCUUAAAUAUUUAUUUGCAGACCUUAUCCUUGGCUAUUAUGAGCGACAAGAUUGCCACUCCAUGAUUAGCAACAAGUCAUCAGAAGAAGCCUUUGAAUUGGUAGAAGGUGAGCUUGGACUUUUGUAUGAUGUGCUCUACACCAAAGCAACAAUAGUCUAUUCACGAUACGGGUUCUUGCUCCGGUGUAGCAGCUUUUCCUCUUCUGUUUUUGCAAUGAUUAGCUUUGCAAUUUUCAUUGAACAUCCAUACUCACAGGUUGACAUUUCAGUAACAUACUUACUGCUAGUUGGAGCUAUUGCACUCGAGGUUUAUGCUUUCGUCUUACUUAUUCUCUCUGACUGGACAAAGUUAUGGCUAGUGACUUAUUUAAUACAAGUGAGAAUUGGUAAGAGGUGGUCAAGAACCAUGUUCAAGUACAACUUGAUCAAAUUUUGCCUCAGAAAACAGGCCACCAUGUGGAUCAGAUUUCAGAAGAUACUUGGCAUUGAGGAAGUAGUGGAGAAGCAUCUAAAUGUAGAUUGCCAGGAUGUAGAUGCUGAACUACAAAAGCUCAUCUUCCAGCAGCUAAAAGAGAGAAGUGAGAAUAUCAAUAGUCUCUUUGAUGUCAACUCAUGCAAAAAACUGUUGAGUUACAGAGGUGAUUGUGUGCUUGAUAAAAUGAAUUGCCUUGAGCUUCUUAAAUGGAGCACAAUCGAGGUAGAAUUUGACCAUAGCCUUCUUCUUUGGCACAUUGCUACUCAACUCUGUUACUAUGAGGAUGUUAAGAGACUAGGAACCAAUUAUCUGGAAACUCUCAGUAAAUACUCCAAUAUCAGCCAAUGCUUAUCAGAUUACAUGCUUUAUCUUCUUGUCAUGUAUCCAAAUAUGCUUCCCAAAGGGAUUGGUGAGAUAAGAUAUCGAGAUACAUGUUCUGAGGCCACCAGAUUUUUCCAACAAAGGAGAAGGAAAAUUGGAACCAAGAUAGAUGAAGCUUGCCAUGAGUUGUAUGAAAUGGACACUGACUUAUUAGAUGAUGUUAAAGGAGAUGCAACCAAAUCGGUUCUCUUCUAUGGAUGCAGGCUUGCAAAGCAAUUGCAAUACUUGGAAUCUCAGAAGGAUUGGGGAUGUGCAAAAAAAUGGGAUAUGAUCAGUAAAGUGUGGGUGGAAUUACUGGCAUAUGCUGCAGUUAAUUGUGGAUGGAGAGAGCAUGGUCAACAGCUAAGGAGAGGUGGGGAGUUGCUGACACAUGUUUGCCUUCUUAUGGCACAUCUUGGCUUAAGUGAACAGUAUCAAAUUAAGAAGGAAUACUUCCGAAUCAGUGUAGACAGAUGGCUGGAGCAGUGCUCACGUAUGUACAAGAAGCGGAACAACGUAUGUACCGGACUUGGAAUCACUGGAUUUCUCAUAGUGAACUUUAAUCGUUUUGUGAUGAAUCAGUAACUUGCAUGCUGGUAGCAAGCUAGAUAUUGUUGGAAUUUCAGCAGAUCUCUACUGGAAAAACUUAUUUUUAAUUUGCUUUUUUAAGCAUCGGAAAUCUUUCUUCCUUAAUCUAUAAUUGCCUUUUCCAAGAAUAAGUUCUAAGGAAAGGUAAACAAUGAGAUUAUGAAGUGAGCUUACAACUGCUUACCAUGGAACUCUGGUAGCAAUCAAUUUCUUCCCCCGCUUUAUUUCUUCUUAGAAUGAGAAGAUUUUCUUUGAAUGAAAGUUUGCUUCAUGCUUUUUUUUUUAAUCUAUACAAUAUAUCUGAGUGAAUUUGUCAUCUACUUAUUAAAGUAUAAAUUUGUACCUUAGCUCUUCCCUUCACAUCAAAAAGCUGCAAACUUUUUUUUCCUAUAGAUAAGAAUUUCAAUAAAAUAAAAAAUGGCAAUUGAUUAUGCCACUUCAUAUAU